UAAAACGGGGGAGUGCCGUGGAAAUUUCUGUAUUUUACACCGGGAAAAGAAACGCCGUGUCGAAGUGUCUCCGGAGAAGAGGAUCGCUGGCGACAUGAAGGACGAGCUCAAGUAUCUUACGGGAUUCGGCUGUGAGUUCUCCAGCGAGGAUGAGCGUUAUCCAGGAGCGCUGCCCAUUGGGCAGAACAACCCGCAGAAGUGUCCAUAUGGUCUUUACGCCGAACAAUUGUCGGGCACGGCGUUCACCGCUCCGCGUGGACAAAAUAGAAGAUCGUGGCUCUACCGAAUGAGACCAUCCGUUGUCCACAGUCCGUUCAAACCCUUUGUUAAAACUCAUGGUGGCGAAUCUUAUGUAAAAAACGAUUGGAACGAUACUUAUCCGAAUCCUAACCAGUUAAGAUGGAAGACUUUCGACGUCCCGACUCGACGAGAUCCCGAGGUCGACUUUAUCGAGGGUCUUCACACUCUGUGCGGUGCUGGCGAUCCCAAGACGCGCCAGGGCAUUGCGGUGCACGUGUAUUUGUGCAACGCUUCUAUGAAGGACAGGGCUUUCUACAACGCUGAUGGCGAUUUUCUCAUCGUGCCACAGCUGGGCGCUCUGCAGAUCACCACCGAGUUCGGCAAAAUGCGCUGCGAGCCGAACGAGAUAUGCGUCGUUCAGCAAGGUAUGCGAUUCUCCGUGACCGUUUUCGGUCCAUCCAGAGGUUACAUCCUCGAGGUCUUCGACAAUCAUUUCCAGCUGCCGGAAUUGGGACCAAUAGGAGCGAACGGUUUAGCGAAUCCGCGAGACUUUCAGACACCGGUGGCUUGGCACGAAGAUCGCGCGAUCGAUUACGAGAUCGUAUGCAAAUAUCAGGGAAAGCUGUUCGUGGCCAAUCAAGGUCACAGUCCCUUUGACGUGGUCGCAUGGCAUGGCAAUUAUGCACCGUACAAAUACGAUCUCAAUAGGUUCAUGGUCAUCAAUUCUGUCUCCUUUGAUCACUGCGAUCCUUCCAUCUUCACCGUGCUGACGUGCCCCAGUAACAAGCCUGGAACCGCCGCGGCUGAUUUUGUUAUCUUUCCACCCCGAUGGUCCGUGCAGGAGCACACUUUCCGACCCCCUUAUUAUCAUCGAAACUGCAUGAGCGAAUUUAUGGGAUUGAUAAAGGGCCGUUACGAGGCAAAGGAGGACGGUUUUUCUGCCGGUGGUGCAUCGCUGCAUUCCAUUAUGACUCCGCACGGUCCCGAUAAACAAUGCUUCGAGGCUGCGUCCAAUAGCGAGCUGCUGCCAGAGCGGAUCGCUGACGAUACACAGGCGUUUAUGUUCGAAACCUCGUACAGCAUGGCGGUGACAGAAUGGGCCAGUAAGCUUUGCGGCAAGCUGGACAGUGACUACUGCAAAUGCUGGCAGGGUCUGCAGAAGCACGUCGAUCUCACUGAUAAACAGGCCCAAGUUGCUUAACACGUAAAACGACGUCAGCUCUGAAAAUAAAUUUUUCACAUCUUCUUUUCUCUCCCACCACAGAGAUCAUUAUUUUCGGACGACAUUUUAUUUUAGCAACUCUACGUCAUCUUUGAAAAAAGAAACACACCGUUUCCUUUCUUUUCAAUAAGCAAGAGCCUUUCGGGUAUUUCUUGUUAUAUUAAACUGUUACUGUUACUGAUGUUUGAUAUUUUCGCUGUUGAGGGAGUUUUUCGGUCACCUCUUUCAUGGUGUGUCGCAUCCACGAAGAUAUCGUGCAAAACUGCAAAGUUAUCUGGUGCGUGUAGCUGGGACUGAUUAUAAAUUCGCGUACGAAGAAUGUUACCGGGUGCAAGGAACUUUUAAUCGUGUCUACCUGCUACCGCGGUCAGUUCUCGAUAUGCAAUUUGAAAGUAUGUUAAGUUAAGCAUUACUGAUAUUUACAAGUACAUUACAUUGAAAUUUACUUUAAACGGUGACUUACGUACCAUAAGUGCUCAUCAAUUGUCACACAUUAUGUUAUAAACGAUAGUUGACUCUUUUGAAAUUAUU